AAGGCUCAGUCCAUGUAGUGAGUCCAAUCUUAGAAUUUCUGUAGAUUACAUUCUCUGGUUUCCAAGAGAUUUAUUAGCUUGUCUUCUUACACACACACCAACUGCCUCUGGCUCAACACACUCUAAGAAGAAGAAAAGGGAGAACAGAAGGAGGAAAGAAGCUUUGAGUCCUACCCUGUAGACGAUCUCAGAAUCUUUACACCUCUGGAGAAACUUUCACUAACGUUCACCAACAAUUUGAGAGAUGGUGAAUGAAUACAAGAAAAUUGUUCUUCUGAUAGGAUUAGGUCGUAUUAGUGACCAUGAUUUUAGAAUGGUUAAGUCCUUGUUGAGCAAGGAACUGAAGCUAAAUAAAAAUAUGCAAGAUGACUAUGACAGAGUUAACAUUGCUGACUUGAUGGAGGACAAGUUUCCAGAAGAUGCUGGACUGGACCAACUGAUAGAACUGUACAAAGAGAUUCCAGGACUUGGAGACCUUGCCAGUGAACUCAAAAAAGAGAAGGCAAAAGCUAAUAGGAAACAGGCUGUGAAAAGCAAAACUGCAGUAAAAAGACACCGGCAAGGUGAACCUAAUACUUCCCAAGCUAUGUCCACUGCAAAUGAAGAGUUGGAAGCAGAAUCAGGCAGGAGUACUAACAACUCACAGACUCCUCGGUCAUCUCUACCAACUGUUUCAAGAAGGGACCAAGUCACUCAGAUGUCUUCAAUAAAAGCAUCCAGCAGUGGUCCGACCUGUAGCAGGGCCCCAGCAACAUCGCGCCACAGGGUCCAGAAACCACAAGUGUCUUCAGCAGCAUCAAUCGUCAGGUUCCUAAGCCCUCGAGAGUCUCCAGCAACAGCAUCCAGCAGUGCCCAGGCUCCUGGAGUAUCUGAAGCAAUACCAGCCAAGGACUUGGAGUUCUUGUCAUACAAGUGUUUCACUUGCUUGAAACAAAGACUGAAGACUGUACCUAGAGAACCUUCUGAGGUAGAUGGUCACCAACAAGGUCCCAAACACGUGAUGGUGUUAAAAGCAACAAAACCAUUUAAAUAUGGCAUGAGAGAAGAAUGGAUGUUCCAUGCCACAGUGGCUACAGAGACUGAAUUUUUUAGAGUGAAGGUGUUUGAUAUUGUCCUGAAGGAUAAUUUCAUCCCAAACAAGAUCAUUACUCUCUCAGACUAUGUUGGUCAAAAUGGGUUCAUAGUUAUACGCCAGGCAUCCAGUGUGUCGAAGGUAAAUGAUAGUCAAGCAAUGCAUAUCCCAACUUCACUGAGGCAAAGGGCCAAUGCAACACCUAAAAUUGAGUAUCUUUGCUCAAAAAGAAGAGGAAUAUUUGUGUUUGGAGUGUUCAAGGUAGUUAAGAAAGAUGAAAUGGAGGACCGCAUUUGCUACGAAAUAGAAGAUAAUACAGGGAUGAUGGAGGUGAUGGUCUAUGGACGACUGACUAGUGUUGAUUGUAAUCCAGGAAAUAAGCUUAGACUCGUGUGCUUUGAACUGAUCUCAGAUGAAGAUAAAGUACAGCUGAGGUCAACAAGAUACAGUGACAUGCAGAUGGUGAAUCAGUUCAAGAAAAUUGUUCUUCUGUUAGGAUUAGAACGUAUCAGUGACUAUAACUUUAGAGUGGUUAAGUCCUUACUGACCCAUGACCUACAACUGACUAAGAAAAUGCGAGAUGACUAUGACAGAAUUAAGAUUGCAGACUUACUGGAAGAAAAGUUCCAAAGGGAUGCCGGAUUGAGCAAACUGAUAGAAGUAUGCCAAGAUAUUCCAGAACUCGAAGACCGUGUUGACAUGCUUAGAAAAGAGAUGGAAAAAGUUAAAAAUAAAAACAAAAGAAAAGCUAAAACUGCUGCAAAAAGACGGAGGCAGGAUGAAUCCAGUACUUCCCAGCUUACCUCUGAUACAAAGGAAGGUUCGGAACUAGAACCAACUGUGAAGAUGCCUUCAUCAGAGAAAAGUGAAGAUACAAUCACCAAAUCACUUGACAUUGUGACAACACCGUUACUCCAGGAAGAGAACAACCUUCCAGAACUUUCAGCAACCAACACACGCCCAGCUGAGAGUGAACGCCAGGCUCCUCAAGAGAUUCCAACAACAAUCUCCAGCAGCCUCCAGAUCCCCCGGCAGCCUCAUAAAACACGAUCCACCAUAUUGACAACAUCUCAGGAUCCUUCAGAACCAUGUUCCACCAGUGACUGGGCUUCCCAGGUAUCUCCCGUGACAGCCUUUAGCAGCAACCCGACCAUCCACAAUUCUCUGGCAACAUCAACACUUUCUUGUAGUCGCCAAGCUUCUCUGGAGUCUCAAAAAACAAUGCCCAGCAGUGUUCUGGCCUUUCAGGGAACCCCAGCAACACUGUCCAGCAAUGUCCCAGCCUUGCAGAUGACCACAGCAACAGUGACCAGGAGUGUUCAGGACACUUGGAGGCCUCAAGCAACAGUGCCCAGCAGUGACCAGGCCAUUCAGAUGACUCCAGCAACAAUGACCAGUGGUCAUAAUAGCCCUCAUGUGUCUGCAGCAAAAGUAUUCAGCAGUUACAAUACCCCUAAGGUCCUCCCAGUGACAGUGCCCAGCAGAUUUCAGGACUUUCAGGUAACUUCAGCAACAAUGACCAGUGGUCACAAUAGUCCUCAAGUGUCUGCAGCAACAGGAUCCAGCAGUUACAAUAACCCCCAGGCGACCCCAGCAACAGUGCCCACCAGUAUUAAUUGUCCUCCGACGUCUCCAGCAACACAGCCCAGCAAUCUUAGGGCUCCUCAGGUACCUUCGGCAACAGUGCCCAGCAGUUCCACUGCUACUUCGCCUUCUCCAGAAACACCUCAUAAGAAACAAAGAUGGAAGACUUUACCUAAACAACCUUCUGAAGAAGAUGGCCUCCAACACGGUUCCAAACAAGUAAUGGUGUUAAAAGCAACAGAACCAUUUACGUAUGACAUGAGAGAAGACAAAAGGAUGUUCCAUGCCACAGUGGCUACUGAGACUGAAUUCUUUAGAGUGAAGGUGUUUGACAUAGCUCUAAAGGAAAUCUUCAUCCCCAGGAAAGUCAUUGUCAUCUCAGAUUAUAUUGGCUACAAUGGGUUUCUAGAGAUAUACAGAGCCUCCUGCGUAUCUGAGGUGAAAGUGAUAAUGGAUAUCCCACUUUCACUGAGACAAAGAGCCACGGCAACACCUAAAAUUAAUACUAUUUGUACACAAAGAGUAGGAACAUUUGUGAAUGGAGUCUUUGCAGUAUAUAGUAGGACAGAAAGGAAUGAAUUCAUUCACUAUGGAAUAGAAGACAAAACAGGGAAGAUGGAAGUGGUGGUGUAUGGACAAUUUACCAGUAUCUACUGUGAGCCAGGGGAUAAACUCAGACUCUUCUGCUUUGAACUGAGCUCAAGUAUGAACAUGUGGCAGCUGAGAUCUGUGAGGCACAGUUACAUGCAGGUCAUCCAGUCUCGGAGGAGAGACACAGAACCACCCAAUCCCCAUUUAGUUAUUGAAACAGCCCUACCCUCUUAUUCAUUGACACCUGAACAACACUGGCAAUGAUGUUUAUGGUGCUAAGAUGCAAGUGCAGAAGAAAAAUGUACAUAUGGCAAAUGGUGAAAUAAAAUGCAUACAAAAUCCAGCUCUAAGUUUUAGGAAAUAGUGCUUUCUUUUCCUUUGUUGUUUAUACAUUUUAGAUUCUCUAUAUUCUACAUUUUCCAUCUGUAUGUUUCGAAACUUGAAAAAAAUAAAUAUUUUAUGUAAA